UCAUUUAAGCGCAUUUGACUAUUGUUUGUCUUUCAACACAGAACAGACCCGAAUCCAUUCUAGUUGGCCGGCGUAAAUAAAAUAACUCACAGCAGAGCCCUAAAUCAAUAUUUAUAUUGACAAAGUUUAGCAUUAAAAACCGGUUCAAGUGAGAAAUAUAAAUUACAAAAUGAAGCUGAUUUGCGGAGCAUUGGCGAUCGUGGUUGCCCUCAGUGGAGUCUUGACGUUGCCUGCUCGCAACAAUCCCCAGGACGAUGCCGAGGUGAUUGACGUUCCCUCGCGCCCGCAACCGGAUCCGAAUUUCCAUAACUUCCGCGGCGUCAUCGAUACGGGCUCUGGUUAUCCUUUCCUCCAGUCAAGUCCUUCAUCCUUCAACGAGGGCUUCUUCAACUCCUUCGAUGAUCUAUUCCGUCGGCUGCGUACUCGCCUUUGGCCUGCGAUUGGAAGCGAUUCUGGCGAGGAUGGAGCUGCUGCUGGCCCCGAUUCUUCCGAUGACUCUGGGUCUGGAUUUGCCUUUGGUCUGCGGCCCCUGAUUCCUAUUCCCAAGAUCCCUCUGAGCACCGAGAAUGGCAACACGACCUCCACUGUCAAGGUUGUCGAUGGCCACAAAGUGGAGAUCAAUGAGACCGUCUAUGGGGACACCAACAGCAUCUUCAAGCUUCGUGUGGUGAACGUGCGUCCCCUGGACAGCGGCGAGGAGGUAGCCGAAGGAGUGCACUCCGACGGUGGCAAGUUCCUGCCCGCGCCGGCUUCCGGACCUUCCACCACCUCUGGCCCGCCCACCAGGAAUGGGGAGUUCGACGACGAGGUGGAGGAAGGACGCCGCGAGCCGCUGGAGAAGCAGCCCCGAGACAACGAGGUCCGCGACCUUGACGAGCCCCAGUCCACCACAACAACAACACCCACAAGUUAUACAACAAACUUAGCCACCAACUCACCCGCAGACUUGGAAUCGGAAGCCACCGAUAUAAGCGAAGAUAUAGCAGAGACCACCUCUCAGAAACAGGAACAUAUCAUGGAUCCUCUCCUUGAAAUGGCGCAAAGGGUAGCCGAAGGGGUGGAAGGUGAAGGAGUCGACAUGAAUGACGAGGAUCUUCACAAGUCGUCCUUGGCGAUGAAGCAGAAGAAGGAGCGAGAGGAGUUCGAUUCAUCUGACGAUGAAGAUGCCGAGGCCACAACGCCAGUUGAAAUGGGCGAUGCCUUCAACGAGGAGUGGGCUGAGUUUGAUCAGGACGGGGAUCAGGAUCAGGAUCACGACCUGGAUAUCGAAGCUGAUGCUGGAAAUGAGCUGAACAAUGAAAUCGACAUUGAGGAGAACUUCGUGCCCGUAGAUCUCUCCAAUGACAUAGCUGUCAAUGAUUUGGCCGCCGCUGACCCCGACUUCCCACUGAAUCCUGAUGCUGAAUUCAUUGCGGCACCCGCUGUCGUCAGGACGAUGCCCAUGUUCGAGAAGCUCUCUCUGGGAGAGCCUUCCAAAUAGGAUGGCACGUCCUCAAUUAGUUAAGUCACUACUCCCUAAGUCGCUAGUCUUAAGUCCCGGAUAUCUCUGAGAGAUCCAAAGUAAUCGGAUUUUGAUUAAAUCGUAAUUUAUCGUAUUUAUUUCGACCAAGAGCGAGUAUUAAGAGUGCGCAUGGACCGCAUGGAUGAAUAUUUAUUGCCAAACAAAAGUUUUCUAAAAUAAAAAAGAACAGUUAAUACAUUA